AUGRAUGAAACGGGAUUCCUAGAGAAUGAUUCGCAACAUCSUUCACAUGUAACUCUUGUAUYCUAUAGUACCCCUCUCGCAGGAGARGGAGCUGGAGGGCUGAARAAGUUGCAUGUCGAAGUCAUAGGAUUCAAAGUUGCCAAGAUUCUGUUGUAUGUGUUUAUYCUUGUCACAAGCACCUUGGGGAACUUUCUCGUCAUCUCAGUCAUUUGCCGUUCUGCGAGAAUGCGAACAAAUGCCAGUAACAUCCUWAUACUCAACCUUGCACUUUGUGAUUUGCUAACUCCAUUAAUUAGCAUUCCAUUUGACUUGGUCGUUCAGGAAGGUUCCUAUACUUGGCCCUUUGGUCGAGCCAUGUGUAAGCUUCUUGCACCAUUGRCAACAUUCACGUCCACAUCGUCUUCCUUGACGCUUGGUUGCAUCGCCUUCGACCGCUACCGCGCAUUAUUACAUCCCUUCAAGACGAAACUCUCAAUUCGUCAAAUCAAAUACAUGAUUGUUGCAUUGCAUGGAUUCUCUUUGAUAGUUGUUGCACCAUAUACGGUGUUUCUAGAUACUGAAGAAGGCAACAGCUGCAGCGAGUUAUGGCCUGAUUUUGMCUAUCGUAAGGCAUACACCAUCGUUCUUUUCAUGACUCAAUAUGCUCUUCCUUUGCUCUUCAUGCUUAGUAUCUACGUCCUCACAGCCACACAAAUGUUCAAAUCGAGCGCCAAGCUACAAAGCAUACUAGUGCCAGAUAAUGAGAKACACAAGAUGACUCUAAAUCUAAGAGAAAGCUUCACUAUAAGGAGAGAAUCUAAUAAGAAGCUGUCAAAAAUGUUUGCUACUGUUGUCGCCGUGUUUGCCAUCUGCACCUUCCCGAACGAGGUUUUUUGGCUUUGGUCUGACUUUGCUGGCGGACACAACAGUGAAAAUGYAUUUUAUGCAGCGAUAAUUUGUCACUGGUUUAUUUAUGCCAACAGUUGUUUAAACCCAUUGAUAUUCUAUUUGUACAACAAGGAUUUCAAUCAUGGUUUCCGAAGCGUACUAAGGUAUAUAUUCUGCAAGAAAGAAAAAGACAUCGAACGACUUCAUCGAGUUUGGAAAGACAUUAAACAUGACCGCGACACUUUGAUUAACAAGAUMUGCAAAGCUGAAAAUAAGUCAACUAUAGAUGAAAUAGUACCACAGCUCCCAAUAACCGCUUGUGGGAGAGAAAAAGAAGAGUUCAGUGCAUGAUUAUCGUAUCAAAACCAGAUUAAACAAAAACAAAAAAACUCCCAGAACACAAUUAUCUUUACCGUUAAAAACCUUUUACGUACAGUGGAGAUUWUUGUGUUUAAAGAUUAUGAUAUCAACUGUUUUCCCUGUGCUGAAAACGAACAAACUGGGCGCAAGACUUCAAAUGGUUUAAUAUUCGUUAGAAAUUGUUAUAUCUUAUUAUCAUUAUUUUUUUGCCUCUUUGCUUACAGCCUCAUUUCUCAUUUACUAUUUUUUCGUGGACUUCUACCAGCUCACUAGAUACACUGUGCUGACGAGGCCCAAUACCGGCCGAAACAGCUGUCCACGGUUUCUAGUUGAGCUGGCUCAUUUUUACGCGACUUGAAAUUGUGAAAGGCCCAUUGGCCCUCUUCUUCAGUCGUUUCAUACAAGGCUCGUAAUUUASCUAUUACGCAUGUUCUUUUAUGGGUUUGGUAGGAUUGGGUGGUUAGCAAGGA